AUGAAGGAAGCGUGCAAGGUUCGUGAAUCUCGAAUCGUCGAACCCGCAAUAAAUAAGUCAUCCCGUCGCUCCCGUCAGUUUUCCCCCUCGCGGCUGAACCGGCUUCCCUUUAUCCCCUCCCCGCAGUCCUUCGAGAAGGUGCUCGUGCAGAAUAUCAAGUGGGGGCUGAGUCCGAGCCUGACGGAUGCGAUGUCCAGCAUACCGCGGUGGAGGCUCGUCCAGGCCUCCUUCCCGCACGUCCUUCUGUGCACGGCGCAGGCUCUAUCCAACAAGCAACGGAAGCCCCUCCAGAACGAAAGGAGGCCCGCUCCAGGACUGGGGCUUGCCCCCAGCCUCCCCCUCCCCCUGCCCCCCAACCGCCUCACAAAAGAACUAUACGGACCCGGCAGGAGGGAAACGUGCGUGCAGCAGGCCUUGGGUGUAGCGGAGACGAAGCUUCUCUACACGUUGCAUUGGUUGCUCUUGGAUGCGGCCGAGGAGUGCGCUGAUGCGGACUCCGAUCGGUUGCAGCAGCACCAUACCUAUAUCUUCCCCAUCGCGUCCAUUCAGGUCCAUUUUCGCUCUUUACUAUUUGUCGUCCUCACGACCGCAAAUAUAGAAGCCGACGUUGGGAACUGUGGGAAAUAUCCGCAGCUGUUCGUGUUCCUCCUGAUUCCCCUGAGCCACCAACUACAGGAGUCGGAUUUCCAGGCGUUCCGCCUGGAAAACGGGCUGAAGAUCUGGCAGGCCCUGUGGGAACACCGCCACCCGGACGUCCCCUGCUUCACCACCCCCGUGAAGGCCAGCGUCCUGGGCCCCAAAGAGCAGAGGAUGGCCAGGUCCAACACUCAGUUCGGGGAUGUCUUCCUCGGGGGCGGGAGCCAGGCGUCUCUGCUUCUGGCCGCGGGUUCGGGGCGGUCUCCGUCGGUGUCGCCGAGCGACAGGAAUCUCUCCAACGGGGACAAAGGCGGUUCGAGGUGCUUCGGGGACGAGGAAGACAACACGUCGGCUUCCAUUUCCCCGUCUUCGCCCGACGGAGGCGAGAGAGGAGCCCUGAGAUGCAUGGAUUCCUUCGACGAGACCUCGACCAUCGACGACAGGACCAGCUCCGAAGAGAUUCCCAAAGACCCGAGCUGGCUGGUCAGCCCCCGGACGUCUAGCUUCCCCGAGACUAUCCCCGAAGAGACAUCGACGGGUAGCACUGACGAGGAGCACGUG